UGGGUUGGAACGGUGAAAAAGAGGGACACAAAUUGCCAAAUCAAUUAAAAAAAAGAUUAAAUCAGAGCUAAAUCAAGAAACGUCGUCCUGGUGGAAGAAAGUACUGCCUAAGAACAGAAAUGAACGGCGUUGGUGGCUUCAGUACCCCACCACCGCCACCGCACGCAGCAGUGCAUCCGGCGGUUCAACCGCUAUCGUUUCUGCUGGGGACAUGGAGAGGGGAAGGACAAGGUAAGUAUCCUACCAUCAAUUCCUUUACCUAUGCCGAAGAGCUCCAUUUCUCGCAUUCUCCAGCCAAGCCUGUGAUUGCUUAUACUCAAAAGACUUGGAAUCCCAGCUCCGGCCAGCCCAUGCAUGCCGAGAGCGGCUUCUGGCGACCCAAUCCUGUCGAUGGUACUCUCCAAGUUGUAAUAGCUCAGAGCACCGGCCUUCUUGAACUUCAGAAAGGGACAUUCAGUGCGGAAGAUAACGUGAUAAAGCUUCAGAGUGAGCUUGUGGGGAAUGCUUCUAAGGUGAAGGAGAUCACUCGAAUCUUUGAGUUGGUUAACGGCGAGUUGACAUAUGUGGUUCAAAUGGCAACCAAUAUUACUGCCCUUGAACCACAUCUGAAAGCUGUACUGAAGAAGCUCUGAUGGUAUCUUCAAGAUGGUGAAAGGAGAUCGUGAUCAUAUUAUAUGACCCGCUUAUUUUUAAUGUUUCUUGCGGCAUUAUCACUGAGAACCACAAUGCAUGGAUUUCAGUUCCAAUCCAAAGAUGUAUAUGGUUCUACCAUGCCUUUCUUUGUUUCCACCAUCAUCUCUCUGUUACUCCAUUGUGAUCUGUAGUUUGAAGAAUUCGUAGUAUUUACUUGAAAUCAAUGUGAUUGAAAUAUAUGUUGCUUACAUCCA